GCCCGGUGAAAUGAGGCAGCGGGUCUCGAAAUCAAUUUUGAACUGCUCUAAUCGAUUGAACCUGCGCAGCGACUAUAUAAGGUGGCUUUGCCCAGUCGGCGCUUCUGGUUUCGACGAAGUAACGAACAUACAUGUGUCAGUUGUUGAUAUGGCGAAACUCGAACUGAAACUGGUUGGAGUUGUUGUUUUCUUGGUAGCCGCUCUAGAAGCUCAGGAAACCCCUGCAAGUGAGUCAGUUACUACACCGAACUCACAAACAGUGGGAGAAACUCAACCGGUGACACCAGGCAACACCACUUUGGGACCCACAGGAGAAGGUUUAGCAGUAACUGGAACAACUUUGAAUGGCACAGAUAUUACUGGUGCCCCUGAUAAUUCAACGGUUCCCUCAACAAUCGGAAAUAAUACUGAAAACGGAGGAGAUCCAUUUGUCAAGCCGGGAAAACAUAGACCCGGCUUACGACAUGUAAAAGCCCACGAUGGCUUCCACAAUUUGAGGACCGAAAAAUAUUGGGCUCACUGGAAUGACGCCUUCACUACAUCACUUCCUAAUAUUUAAAAAUAAUUAAACUUUUUAUUAUAUUAUAAAUAAAACACACACUAUAACUUUA